AUGCAGCUCCCUACAUUCACUGGCCUCCGCAUCCGCAACCUUGCCGAUGCACACAUCAUCUUCCACGCCGUCUCCCUCGGCAUCCUCCCCAUCGUCUCCAAACGCCUCGACAUAGAGGAACGCCGCUACAUCCACUCUGGCUGCGUCUGUGUAUGGGAGGAGCGCAACGCCGGCCCAGGAACCUCUUCCGCUGCCGGCAUAGAACGGUGGACCGAUGGUAGGAGAUGGGGUCCCUCCAGAGUUCGCGACGAAUUCCUCUACUAUCAAGAAAAGCUUCCCGACUUCGAGGCUGAUGAGCUCCUCUCCUCUCUCAUCUACGGGAGCCGGCUGAUCAAGCAGACGUACUCGGUCUACGUCGACACUCCGACCGGCCGGAGGAAGUGGCAUCUCGUCGCGUACUUCACCGGCGAGACGCUUGAGCGCCUGUGCACCAUCGACGACUUCCCCGAACUCGCCGCCCUCCGCGACACCAUCCCGUCCGGCAUGUACACCGCCGCAAGGAUGGCCCGCCAGCGAGCGCGUCCAGACGCCGCCUCAGGGCCCCCGCUCUUCGGAGGCCGGGACGUGAGGACGCCGUCCUCGCUCGACUCCACCUCGAGCUUCCUCCCCCGCUCGCUCUACACGCUCGACUCACCGCCAGACGGUGGUCCACCCGUGUCGCAGCUCUUCACCCUCCGCCCACCCGCCUCCGCCAUGCCGCAGGGGAGUGCCGGCCCGGGUAUACACCUCCCCGCGCUCAAACCACCGCCGUGGAGCCCACCACGGUGGCCCGAGGAGGAGCUGAGGACGCGCCAGCCGGACCUGAACUGCGCGCAGUCGGCGGCGAUGCGCAAAAACCACGCGAUCGACCUCGCGCCGCUCAUCUACCUCCGGAAGCGUCCGUGGCCGCCGCGCGACAUGGCCGACGACGACGUCCUGCAGCUCUUCGACUGUGAGGUCAUUUGA